AUGAACGACAUCAUGGAGCAAUGUGAGUUGUCCCUGGGUGACUCAGGAGAGUCAAGCAAGUUUGCACUUGAGGAUCUGGGGCUUACACUCUCCCCUGGAUCACAGUCACAAUCCUUCGCCCAUACAAUGGACUUCUCAGAGUUCGACCUCAGCAUGGAUCUCGACUUCGGCCUCAUGGAUAAUUUCGAUCCUCUGACCGAUUUUGAUCCUGUCGUCCAUCAAAUCGAUAUCUCCACCCUUGGUUCGACACCGGCCAAGCGUUCCCUCGAAGAGGUCUCCCCCAACGAAGCCGAGACGCCACCAAAGCGUUCACGCCAGUCGGUUCCCUCUCCUUCGCUCGAAUCGUUGGCCAUGCAGACGCAGUCCCGUAUGGACAUCGCCAACCGGGCCUCGCCUAUGGUCUCCACGAAUAAUUUCUCGGCUGCAGGAUCCAGCAACCCAGCUAGUGUCGCUGCGAUGACUCGGUUCGGACUGGACCCUCACGACACUGCGGAUUCCAUCCCAACUGUUCAACGAACAGUUCCAUUCUUGUCACCUUACCAAGUGUCUAAGUAUUACCCUUCCGCUCCGUCUCUUCACACCCGCACCGUCAAUGUGGAAGUUUCGAGCUCGGCUCUUCAGCAUCGGCUGAAAAACUCCCAACGCCGGAUCAACGUUCUCGUCAUAGAGCGCAAUAGAUAUCGGGACAAACUCCUCAGCUACACCCAGCCCGAUCCGCGUACGGGAAAGUUGAAGAUCGACGAAAUGGAGGCAGAAAUUACGACUCUACGGCGUGUGACAUCAACACAGCAAACCCGCACCAGGAACCUCAAAGCUGAACUCCAGAGCUGCCAGAAUGAGUAUGCCAAUCUAGCCAGAACACACAACAGCCUUCUCACCGAUUACCGGGCUUCUCAGAAAUCGCCCGCGCUUCCAUCGCGACAAUCUCCCGAGAUGACCUCCUGGGGCGGGUCCGAGCCAUGGAAAGGCGCAUAUGAUCAACUCUUGGCUGAGCAUCGCUCUUUGAUAUCUGCUUUGAAAACCCCAGGAGUGGAUCCGAUGCAGGUUUUGGAGGGACUCGGCAUGCAGCCCAGUAAUAAGGCUCCUUCAGCCAAUUACCCGUCACCAGCGUCAAUUUCAUCGAUGCCAAACCGAACCCCUGCUGUGCCCCACCAGGAUUCUGUAGUGAUUGAUCUCACCGACGAAGGCGCAGAGGAUGUGAGUACCUUAGGAUUCCCAACUGUUCAACUCGGCCCACCAGCAAAUGAACCCCAGCUAACCGACUUUCGUCACGUCCUCAGACACAAGCAGCUUGAUUGGAUUCGACCGCCGUUGAAUGUCCGACUGGCCGCUCAAGCUCUUUUCGACAAUAUCUCCCCCGUUCAAGGUUCAAGUUCUGCCUUAGUGUCCAAGCAGCCCAAAGGCUUGCUAGCUCCGCCACCGAAACCCAUUACGAAGAAUAUGGCGAAUGACGAGAAUGCUGCUUUCAUUUCAUCUGACGUCGCCCGCAUGCAAUCCUACGAACACACCAAUCUUCCAAUCCGACGUAUCCAGGAGAUGCCCUCCUCUUCCACCUCUACAAAGACACAUUCACGAGCUUCCGCGCCUAAUGUUCAAGUCAACAACCGCGUGCUUACUUCAAGUUCCAGCUUCAACAGCCUUUUUGAUGAGGAACCGGAGCCCACUGCAGUUCCCUCUGUUGAACAGCACGACGCUUUAGCAGAUAAUUGUUUCGAUGAUGACCAGUCGCUCUUUGUGGCACAGCUAGCUGGACAGUCAGACGAGCGCCAUAGUGAGAAUGGAGAGGACUACCAUCCAGAUGAUGACGAGCUGGCCCGGAUGCUGGAAGAAGAACUGGCUCGAUGA